AUGACUAUCUUGGACAAGUUCUCGCAUCGGGUACAGACAUCGUCGUUGAAUAUCCUCCAAAGACUUCCUAGGCCCUGCAACGUCUUCUCGGAGCACCUGGUAAAGGAGGCACAGCCAGAAGCGGUUGCUCAAAUACCAGAGGGCGAAGAGAAGGAAUGCCUUGAACACAAGCUGGAGGAUAGUGAAGAGGAAUGGGCAAUCCACCGAGAUGGCGGAGCGUGUAAUAUAGAGGCAGUUACCUGCAACUUCCACUGUCAGCACCACGAAGAACUCAGACAAGCACUCCAGCGACAGAUCAACGAGGGCAAGGAGAGGGUCGAAGGGUGCUAUCAGAGACUGCCCUUUGAAGAGUUGGAGAGCGAGCACUUCCCGGGUGGAAGCGGAGAAGCCUUGGAGGCUCUCAACUUCCACAACUCCGUCAUCGCCCGCCGCUACCUGGUCAUGAUGAUAUUUUACCCCAACCCUUAUCCUACGUGGUGUGAACCCGAGGAUGGCCACUUUCAAUACAUCCGCUCUCUGCAGUGGCGUCGGGACGCACUGGUUGAUUUCGUGCGGGAGUGGAGGGAGAAAGAGGGCUUCGACCUUUCUGCCUACAAGUCGGUGGAAAGAUGGGUUGCUGAUUUGGCUGAAGAGCAUCAUCUCUUUGACCAGCCUGAACGGGACUUGCCAAGAGAAGGAAUGGAAUAUGGCUGUGAUUCGAAGGGUGUUCUCGCCAAGAUUGUGGAAAGGACCCACGAGCAUGAUCCCCGCCAGGAGAAACCACAAAAGCCGAAAUCAUACGUGCGGACAGAAGAGGAGUGGAAUGAGUGGAUUGAAAAGACGAAUAGGGAAUAUUGUCUUGAUACUAGCCGUGACAAGGAGGAGGCUGCUAGACAACUUGAAUGGGCCGAAGAAUCGGUCGAUUUUGUGCUAGAUGAAACUCCCUGGUAGAGGCCCGAUGGCUUUUGGAGUGCUGAACACAUACCUUGGAUAACAUGUUGAAUGUAUUUUUUGCGUUUACUCUUUCUGGCAUAUUAUACAUUAUAACCUCACUUUACUGUUUUGCGACGAUUGAGCCCUGGCUUAGGGGCUUUGGCCCUUUUUUUUUUUUCCUUACAAGGUGUGUUUGGAGGACUCCAAGUUAUUCAAGGUUGGACAACAUUUUUUAACGUUUUUGUUUCAAACUAUUGGGUGAAGAUUUUCUCGAGUUACUAAUAAACAUCCUG